CGGCGGCUGCUGCUGGAGCGGCCCGGGAGGAGGCGGCGGCGAGGAUGGCGGCGGCGUCGUGGGCGCGGCGGAGAUGAGCGCCCGAGGCCCCAGGCCCAGGGCGGCGUGGCCGGAGUGGGCGGGGGUCCCGAUGCAGGCCCGAGGAGGGCCAUGGGGCAGGUCCUGCCGGUCUUCGCCCACUGCAAAGAAGCUCCGUCUACAGCCUCUUCUACCCCUGACUCCACAGAAGGAGCGAACGACGACUCGGAUUUUCGGGAGCUUCACACGGCCCGAGAAUUCUCAGAGGACGACGAGGAAGAGACCACGUCGCAGGACUGGGGCACCCCCAGGGAGCUGACCUUCUCCUACAUCGCCUUCGACGGCGUGGUGGGCUCUGGGGCGCGCCGGGAUUCAGCUGCCCGCCGCCCCCGGCCCCAGGGCCGCUCAGUCUCAGAACCGCGAGACCCACCCCCUCAGCCUGGCCUGGGCGACAGCUUGGAGAGCAUCCCCAGCCUGAGCCAAUCCCCGGAGCCUGGGCGCCGCGGUGACCCCGACACUGCCCCUCCGUUAGAACGCCCCCUGGAGGAUCUAGGGCUCCAGCUCGACCGGCUGGACUGGGCGGCCCGGGGAGCAGGGUCCGGGGAAGAUUCUGCCACCAGUAGCUCCACUCCGCUGGAGGACGAGGAGCCUGACGGAUCGGAGGUUGGAGAGUCUGGGAAAGGACUGGACCUGCAACACGGGGUCCCUCAGUCUCCGCCUCCGGCAGUCUUGACUCCGCAGCCCAGCCCUGGCUCUGGAACUCCCCAGGCGGGUACCCCGUCCCCAUCCCAACCCCGGGAUUCGAACUCUUGGCCUGAUGAGCCCUCACUGGCCCAGAAAGAGGAAGAGCCGUGGGGGCCUCUGGAGCGGGAGCCAAUCACGGGGCAGUGCCUGGAUAGCACGGACCAAUCAGAAUUCACAUUGGAACCACUCCUUCUAGUGGCGGACCUGCUGUACUGGAAGGACACAAGGACGUCAGGCGCGGUCUUCACAGGCCUCAUGGUCUCCCUCCUCUGCCUCCUGCACUUUAGCAUCGUGUCCGUGACCGCCGUGGCCCUGUUGCUGCUCUGUGGCACCAUCUCUCUCAGGGUUUACCGAAAAGUGCUGCAGGCCGUGCACCGGGGCGACGGUGCCAACCCCUUCCAGGCCUAUCUGGAUGUGGACUUGACCCUGACUCGGGAGCAGAUGGAACGUCUGUCCCAGCAGAUUGCCUCCCGAGUGGUCUCUUUGGCCAUCCAGCUGCGGCAUUUCUUCCUGGUAGAGGACAUUGUGGACUCCCUCAAGCUGGCCCUUCUCUUCUACAUCUUGACCUUCGUGGGUGCCGUCUAUGGUUUGACUCUUCUGAUUCUGGGAGUGAUCGGUUUAUUCACUGUCCCCUUCCUGUACCGGCAACACCAGGUGAGCCCGAUGGACCAGUAUGUGUGAUUGGUGACCAAUCAGUUGAGGCCACAUCAAAGCUAAGUAAGGGCACGGAUCCCAGGGUCCGGAGCCCUUGCCAUCGGCAGCAGCCGCAGUCCUGGAUCCAAAGCCAAAGCCGAAUGAAGGGGUGUCUCUGCCCUCGGGACGCCUGCCCCCAUCCCCCGCAGCCCUCUGCCCAACUCCAUCUCCCUUCCAUCCCCACCCUCCCGCCGCCUCCGCCCGAGCCAUUUCCUCCGGCGGGUGUCUGGAUCACUCGCACCAGGGAGUUUGUGCAAAUUGCCUGAGCGGCCAGGACUACAUUUCCCAAGAGGCUCUGCCUAGGAGUCCAGGGAAGGCGAGGCACCUUGGCCGCGGCGCCUGCUGGGAGUUUGUAGUUGCCUAGAUAGGGCGCCCGCCCUGCACUUCCGCGACCCCGCCGCUGGAGGCGCCGUCAGAGAUUGGUGUCUCCUGGACGCACUAGCCCCAAAGCCAUGGCUUUGCAUGGGGCCCAGGGGAGGCCUGAGCUUGGAUUUAACACUGUAAUAAAGACUCCUGUGAAAACCCAAGGCCUCCUGUGCUUCCAGCCUCCUCCAGCUUUCACCUUCCUGCACUGAAAAGCACCUAAGUGAUAUCCAAGGAGGAAUCUUCCCAUCUCUCCAGAAGAAGCUCCCUCAUAAUCUGUUUAUAUUCUGAAAUGAUUGAGGGGAUGAUGCUGAGAGACCCUGGGUCCCAGGGCUAGCCAAGCCUUUGACAGCCACUUUCCCUCGUCUCUGCUCAAGGCAGACAUCACUAGUCUAAUCCCCACCCUCUGCUGCGGGGCAGCCAGUCUCAUCUGAGUCCCAGAACCCGUGCCCAGCUGCCUUCUGGAACAACUCCCUCCACAAACAUAUCCAAACCUUUCCCUUGUCCUACCUGAUGUCCAGCUCAGGGAUGGCCCCUCUGCCACUUUGUCACCAGGCCUAGAGAACCUAGGUAUGGUCCCUGGAUUCCUAGUUCCUGGCCCCCAACAUCUAAUAAGUCAGGAAGCCAUGUCUUGUCACUCUCAAAUGUCUCUCCUCCAACUUCUCUAUCCCACUUGCCUUGGGACCAGGUAAAAGGCCCCAUGGCCUGCCUGGGCCUCGGGUUCCAAAACCGAGGGAGAAGGAGGCAGGAGACUGGACCCUCUAA